CUGAUGAAAAGGGACAAAACGGUUGUUCGGUUGUUGGAUUUGGACUGUGUUGGGUGUUGGGAACAGUUGGGCAGGCUACUGAUAUUGACUGAUAUUACCAGUGAUUGCUGCUGGCUGCUGGCUCGUAAUGAUUGCACUUGGAUAGUAUUUUAAGUUUAAAUCUUAUCUCAGUCUGGAAUAAUUAAAUACAUUAUUCCAGUAUUUUAAUUUGUGAAAUGUCAGUACAGUAAUAUAAAAUAAAAUAAAUAAAUUGAAAGUUUAAUUAGCUUUCACCGUUAAAAUGAUCGGAGGUCUAUUUGUGUACAAUCACAAGGGAGAAGUAUUAAUUUCUCGGGUGUAUCGAGAUGACAUCGGUAGAAAUGCCGUAGAUGCAUUUAGAGUUAAUGUUAUUCAUGCUCGUCAGCAAGUUCGUUCACCCGUCACCAAUAUUGCUCGUACAUCAUUCUUUCAUAUUAAACGAGCAAAUAUUUGGCUGGCUGCAGUAACUAAACAAAAUGUUAACGCAGCAAUGGUUUUUGAAUUUCUUCUCAAGAUCAAUGAUGUUAUGCAGUCGUACUUUGGAAAAAUUUCCGAAGAAAAUAUUAAAAAUAAUUUUGUUCUGAUUUACGAGUUGCUUGACGAAAUAUUGGAUUUUGGAUAUCCACAAAAUUGCGAUACCGGUGUCCUCAAGACAUUUAUUACUCAGCAAGGAGUUAAGUCAGCGACAAAAGAAGAACAAGCACAAAUUACAUCUCAAGUAACAGGUCAAAUCGGAUGGAGACGAGAAGGAAUUAAAUACCGACGUAAUGAAUUAUUCCUUGAUGUAUUGGAGUAUGUGAAUCUCUUGAUGAGUCCUCAGGGACAAGUAUUAAGCGCUCAUGUUGCCGGAAAGGUUGUCAUGAAAUCUUAUCUGUCGGGAAUGCCAGAAUGUAAAUUUGGUAUUAAUGAUAAAAUAGUGAUGGAUGCACGUGGAAUGAAGGGUGGUAGUGGUGCACUGGGAGGUGGCGAAGAUCCAACAGGCGCACGUUCUGGUAAACCCGUUGUGGUUAUUGAUGAUUGUCAAUUUCAUCAAUGUGUUAAAUUGUCAAAGUUUGAAACUGAACAUUCCAUUAGUUUUAUACCACCGGAUGGCGAAUUUGAAUUAAUGAGAUACCGAACAACAAAAGAUAUAUCAUUGCCAUUCCGAUUAAUACCACUGGUAAGAGAAGUUGGCCGUACAAAAAUGGAAGUUAAAGCUGUUCUUAAAUCAAAUUUUAAGCCCUCACUUUUGGGACAAAAAAUAGAAGUACGAGUACCAACUCCAUUAAAUACUGCCGGUGUUCAAUUGAUAUGUUUAAAGGGUAAAGCUAAAUAUAAAGCCUCGGAAAAUGCAAUUGUAUGGAAAAUAAAACGUAUGGCAGGUAUGAAAGAGACUCAAUUGUCUGCUGAAAUAGAUUUACUCGAAACUGAUACCAAGAAAAAAUGGACAAGACCACCUAUUUCAAUGAACUUUGAGGUACCAUUUGCUCCAUCUGGCUUUAAAGUUAGAUAUCUUAAAGUAUUUGAAUCAAAACUAAAUUAUUCUGAUCAUGAUGUCAUCAAGUGGGUGAGAUAUAUCGGCAGAAGUGGUCUUUAUGAAACGCGAUGUUAAUAAUACUCUACUUUGUCAUUGUAAUUUAUUGGGAAUAAUUAUUAUUUUUAUUCCUAUUAAUGACAACAACAAAUUUAUUCAACAAUAUUAUUAUUAUUAUUAUAUAUUAUAUAGAUCAAUUAUAAAUAAUACUGGUGGGUGAUUAUAACAAAAAAUCAUAAUUAAUCCCAACAAUAAAAAAUUG